AUGAUUACCGGAGGCUCAUCGGGCAUUGGCCUUGGUAUUGCCCAGCGGUUCCUCAUAGAGGGAGCCGAGAGGAUUAUUCUCGUCGGCCGAAGCAGAAAACGCUUAGAAGAUGCCGUCAACCAGUUGAAUGCUGCGGACACGGCAGAGCAAGCAUCUGAAACUGCCAGUGCAGCUUCACCCGAAGAUGUCAAAAUCGUCAAUUAUGGGCGUUUCUCCUUGGUUAUGGGGGAUGUUGGUGACCCGUCAUUUUGGUGUGAGGAGGUCAAAAGGCUCAUGGGUCAAGUUGAUAUCUUAGUCAACGCGGCGGGGGUUUCUUACUCUUCUCUCCUAGCCACUGCAAAGGACGAACACGUAACACAGACGUUGCAUACAAAUCUACAAGGGACCAUCUUCGCCUGCCGUACUAUGGCCAGACAGGCACUGCGGCAACGACGAAGCCAACGCAAAGCGGAUGAUGGCUUGGCCAUCGCCUACUCCGGGACUAAAUGCAUCAUUAACAUCUCAUCACUGCAUGCGUCUAGGGGAGGAGUCGGGGUCGCUGCUUAUGCAUCCACCAAGGCGGGCGUGAUAGCAUUAACUCGUGCUAUUGUUGCAGAGUCGAAUUUAUCUACGUCUGGAGCCAAUCUUCGUGCGAACGUGAUUGUUCCUGGAUAUAUAGAAACGAAGAUGCUUGAUGAGCUAGGCGAGCAGUUCCGUAAGGACGCACGGCAGGCUAUCCCGUUGCGAAGAUUCGGCUGGGUCGAGGAAGUUGCUGAUGCCGCCGUAUUCGUUGCCACAAACCAAUACGCCAACAACUGCGUUCUCAACCUUGAUGGAGGCUUAAGUGCCGUGUAA